UUAUUUUGAGGACCGGAUUAGCACGAUUCUACUACUACCGAUGGCAGUCCGGGGCUCUCACUUUUGAGAGGCUCGUCAGGCGAAAGGGCGCGGCAACCACGGGGACCUUAAGACUCGGUGGGCCCUCCCCUACUUCCCACUGCGUGGCGGCGCUGUGGCGAGCGACUGACAGGCGCAGCGAAAGGCAGCCCUGUGCCGUACGGAGAAAGGCAGAGGCCUGGGCGACCGGCGGGAACAGCGGGGACCCAAAGGCAGUGCUUAACACAGCGGCUGAAGGCGUGCGUGGGAGGCGGGGGCUCUGGGUAGGACAAAAGUCACAGGAUGCCACAGAAGCAUGUCUCCCGGGAAGAAGCGAGCUAAAAGAGGGGUCCCAGUCACCAUGGAGGACUCACACCCUGAAGAGCCCAUGGAGCAGCAGGAUUCUCCCAAUGAGAGGAGCCCCCGAAGUUCAGGAGACAGCAUCUGCCAUCUGGGGGCCCUGCAGUGCACCCGCUGCCUCAUCACCUUCGCAGAUUCCAAGUUCCAGGAGCGUCACAUGAAGCGGGAGCACCCAGCGGACUUCGUGGCCCAGAAGCUGCAGGGGGCCCUCUUCAUCUGCUUCACCUGUGCCCGCUCCUUCCCCUCCUCCAAGGCCCUGAUCGCCCACCAGCGAGGCCACGGUCCAGCCACGAGGCCCUCCCCGCCGGCUGCACCCACCACUGCCCAGCCCACCUUCCCUUGUCUUGACUGUGGCAAGACCUUUGGGCAGGCUGCUUCUCUGAGGCGACACCGCCAGGUGCACGAGGCCCGUGCCCAUCCUGGUACCUUUGCCUGCACCGAGUGUGGUCAGGACUUUGCCCAGGAAGCAGGGCUGCAUCAACACUACAUCCGGCAUGCCCGGGGCGAGCUCUGAGUGCAGCAGAAGCCCUCUCACGGCAAUAAGGAACUCUGUGGCUGGUAGGACCCACCAUGAUGUGGGGCACAGGAACUCUGGGGCACUCAGUGGGAUUUGCUUCCCUCCUUGGUAAAGCAGAGAGCUCUUUGAUUAUUAGGACCCACAAGAUUCUCAUUUAGAGCUUUGGAGGACACAGGGUCUUUAGGGAAACUGAAAUGAGAUCUUUUGUUUCAAAAACAAUGGGCAAGAAAGAGAGAGGAAGGGAAAAAUGGUUCGCAGCUCCCCCAUUCCCAAUUAAAUAACUAGCUGCAGAUUGUGCAAUCACAUUUCAUGCUUCCCAGAUGGAUGUCAUGGGGUACAGGAGCAAAUUGCCCUGGAUCUGUGCCUGAAGCGGGGGCAGGGAAGGCGAGGUGUUGCUGGCCUGUAAUGUCUCCGAGAGUUCCAGACACGGAGCAACUUGGGCCUUUGGGGAUGGAGUAGCAAGUCGGAGGCUGGACCCUAAAUCAAGUGGGGUGUUGUAAUUUGAGUCCUUUUCUUCCCACCCCCUGCCAGCCUUCCCCACUCAAAGAGGGCCUAUGGCAUCAGAUGGCACUAGCCUCUCGGAUAAGUUAUGCCCCAUUUAAAUAAUUCUGUGUAUCAUUCUAAGUCAUGGAAUAUUUUUUAUACAUGUAGGUGAGAUGACAUAAAUAAACUAACAGGAAUAGUACCUAAAAA